UAAAUCUUAACAAUGAGAAAAAUUAGUAUUAAUUGUUGGGGACAGGUAGAUGUGGAGGAAAGGCGUCAUUAUAGAGGUAAAGCUGGGCCGAGAGAGCAGGCCAAGAUACACGUAGAUGUUCGAGAUGUUGUGUGUUCAUGUGAUGUGGCACUGUUGGCCUCCCAGUACUUGAGAGGUGAAGGUGUAGACACACGGGUGUUUGGAGAUGCUGUCACUGCUGUAGACCGGGCUCUGGAGCUGGCCCUCUCACUUAUGGUUGAUGAAGAGACAGCAAUAUUAAAUAUCAGUAUUCCAGGAAAACAUGUCAGUGAUGAUCAUACUGAGAUGGUUGUACUCUCAUGUACUGUGUCAUUAAGCAUUGUUGAGAAUGGGAAAUUAAUGUUUGAAUUCACUCCCAAGGAAAAACUAGCAAUUGCUGUCAAAUAUAAGACUAUGGGCAGUGGUCUUUACAAAGAAGGUAGUAAAGAAGGUUGUGUUUCAAAGCAAAUAUCUGCUUUUUUUUUCUUUAGAAAUGCAGUAAAGUGGAUCACUAUGAUAAAUGCAGAUGAAUCUGAGGAUAUUUUAGGAGAAAUAAGUGAAAUAAAAUCUCAAUGUUACAAUAAUCUAGCCUUGUAUCAUCUACAUCGGCACCAUUACAAACUUUCUGUUGCUGCAGCUACAACUGUCCUCAUUAUGGAUAAUAAAAAUGUCAAAGCCUUGUAUAGACGGGCAGUGGCCAACACUGCACUUCAGAAUUAUGAAAUAGCUAUUGAUGAUAUUGAAGCAGCCUUAGCCAUUGAUCCUAAUAAUGGACCAGUUAAAAAACAGUGUGAUAUAAUAAGAAGAAAACAGAGAGCAAUGUCAGUGAAAUAUGCUAAUGCACUGAAGAAACUUUUCAGUUGAGGAUGAUGUGUUACCAGUAUAGGACGUUAUUCAAGCUUAAGAAAAAUCAUUAGUUAUGUAAGGAACUCUGAAGUGUGUUAUAGAAUUUUUGUAUAAAUGUUUGAAGUUAAAAUUUACAUACACA